AUCCUGAGCGGGAAUCAUCUUAGUAGUUGUCGGUGUGCUUGAUAUGGCUGACAACACGCUCGUACACUUGGUAUAUGUUCACGGAUUUAGAGGCGAUGAUACCACAUUCCAGUCUUUCCCUUUGGAUCUUCAGCGAUACCUGGCAGCACGGAUGCCUCCGAGGCUGGACGUACGGAGCAGCCUAUACCCAACUUACAAGAGCGUGAAGCCUAUCUCAUUUGCCACGAAGAACUUCUUGGAAUGGCUCACGACCCAACCGCCUGGACCUGUGAUCCUCCUCGGACACUCCAUGGGCGGUCUUCUCGUCGCCGAUGCUGCCAUAGAUCCAUCCAACAAAGGCCACAAACGCAUCGUCGGCAUGAUCGCGUUUGAUUGUCCAUACAUCGGAAUGCACCCCCACGUCGUCAUUAGCGGUAUCGCUUCGUUGUUUGCGAAGAAGGAUAAGGCGGACGAUAAGGUGGGGGAUAGGAGAGGCGGUAUGGAAACUGAGAGGAGGAUGAACGAAGGGGAAGUGGGUGAGGAGGGAGUGCAUAUGAUUAAUGAGAAUGUGACGGACGACUGGGAGAGGUUUAAGAGGGAUUCCCGCCCUCAAAUGUCCCAUUCUCAUUCCCACUCGUCCUCCUCUUCCUUCCACACAGCUCUUUCAGGACCACCCUCCCCUCCACCACUACCCCCUCGUUCGUCCUCGCCCUCACUCCCUUCCUACUCAGCCUCAACAUCAUCGCCCUCAUCGCCACCGCCUCUACCCCCUCGCCACCCUUCCUCCCUGGCAUCCAACUCAGCCUCGACUACCUCCUCAUAUAGCCUUCCUUCUUCGUCCACAACGGCGCAUCCCCUCCUCCGCUGGGUUGUGAAACACUCUAACGAACCCUUCACAGCCUCGAAACGCUGGAUCGUCGAACACUUCCAAUUCGGAAUAUGCAUGUUCGACCCUCCAGGCCUCAAAGAUCGAUACACACGCCUCGUCGCCUGGGACGGUCUUUGGGUGAACUACUGGACGGAAUGUCUAGUCCGAGACUCUGAUGACGCGGACGACCGGGAAGGGGACGAGGGGACGGAGGGUCUCGCGUUGAGGCGGAUGAGUAAUAGCGAGAAAGAGAAGGAGAGGUCCGUGGCGGAUAAUGAUGCGGCAUUAUUGGAGAGUCAGAUGGGGAGUGUGUUGCUGGACGAGAGUAUUCAGAGGCAGGAGGAAGAGCAUAAACGACUUUCGAGCGCUACGCUUCCUUCGAUCGUCAUCGAGAUGGAGCCAACAAGCCCCGUUCCUACCUCUUCCUCGUCAGGCCGUGGCUCGCCGGUGCCUCAUGGCCCCUUGACGAAGGCGGAGAUCAAAAAACGCGCGAAAGCACAAGAGAAAGCGGAUAAGGAGCGUGACAGGAUUAUCAAGUCUGCGGAAAAGGAGCGUGAUAAAGCGGCGAAGCAAGCGUCUAAGGAUCGCGAGAAGGCGUUGAAGGCGGCUUCGAAGGAACGGGAAAGAGCUUUGAAGGCGGCGGAGAAGGAGAGGAAGAAGAGAGAGUCCGAGUCGAAGAAGAAGGACGCGAGGUCGGAGCCGACGUCGAGGCAUUUUGUGGUGCUGCCGACGGGACUGGGUGCUGUGCUUGGCGGAGGGGAGAAGUGGGAGAAGGUAAGGAUAGAUGGAGUGGAAGAUGAGGUUGCGGCGCAUUGUGGGUUGUUUAUUAGGGAUCAGAAUUUGGAGUAUGAUGCGUUGGUGGAGAGGGUCGGGCAGAGGGUGUUGCAGUGGUGCGAACGGCUAUGAUGGCGGUGGUCAAGACUCGACACUUGGCUUGCUGGCUGGUUUCGAUACCUUUGCACUAAAGCCUUUCCCCUGCUCUAUUCUAUCAUGCCAAUGAAAC